AUGGCGCCGCGUGUUGGCUCAGGGACCCAAGCAAGUCACCGUUUAAAAGCAGCAGUUGACUCUUUAAGAAAAUGUGGCGCGGCAGCUAAGACUCUUAUUUUCGUUGUUGCUCCUUGUCCCGUUGCUCCUUGUCCGCGUCAUGUCCUCAUCGUUUGUCUUUCGUGUUACUUGUUUAUCUUCAACUCUCUGUCCACGUCCUCCUAUUGUUCUCUUAUACAUAAUGUUCCACACAUACAAAAACACACCAAUGCCAUUUACACUACACAACAUUUACAUAAACGCAUAUACACCCAAACACCUCAACCCUUCACUAAAACACCCAUCUUCUCGUUCCCAGGGUUGGCAGUUCCAUAUGUCUUUCUCCUCACUACCAAACCCCCUUCCCCAUCAACCACAACCAGCCUAACCUUUCCAAACGUCUCUCACUCUCUCCUUCACCUCCACCAACCUCAACCCUUCACUAAAACACCUCUCUUCUCGUCCCCAGGGUUGGCAGUCCGCACGCCCUCCAUCAGCUGGAUCACGAAGGAACAGGUGGUGGACAUCGGCUCCAGUGUCCAGCUCGAGUGCUCCGUCCAGUACUCGCAGGACUAUCCCGUCUUGUGGGUGAAGCGCGGGUCCGGAAGCGUGCAGGACCUCCCCAUCUCAACAGGGCCCGGGCUCAUCAUUAGGGACUCCCGCUACUCCCUCAGGCACGACAAAGGAUCCUCGACUUACGCCCUGCAGAUUAAGGAUAUCCAGGAGAGUGACGGCGGGGACUACAUGUGCCAGGUGCUCAUCGGUAUCAACAACCGUAUUACCGCCAAUGUCAACCUGCUGGUGAGACGCCCGCCCGUCAUCUCCGACAACUCCACCAGGUCGGUGGUGGCCAGUGAGGGUGACAGCGUGGAGCUCUCCUGCUACGCCGGCGGCAUGCCCAUCCCGGACAUCUCCUGGCGAAGGGAGAACAACGCCAUCCUGCCCACCGGGGGGUCCAUCUACAGGGGCAACGUGCUACAGAUCGGCAACAUCCGCAAGGAGGACCGCGGGACAUACUACUGCAUCGCCGAGAACCAGGUGGGCCGCGGCGCCAGGAGGAACAUCAACGUGGAGGUGGAGUUUGCCCCCGUGGUGAAGGCGAUCCGCCCCAGGGUGUACCAGGCCUUACAAUACGACAUGGAUAUGGAGUGCCACGUGAAGCCUACCCACCUGGCCAUCACCUGGUUCCCACAAGCAGGAGGCGCUCGUCAACAACCAGCAUUACACAGUCCCCAGUUUGCCACCGCCGACAGGUUCACCGACACAACCCUGCAAGGUGUUGAGUAUUGA